GAGAUUUGGAGUUGUAACAGACAGAGGAGUUAAGCUAUAAAUGCUGUGAGUGAUUGAUCGCUCACAUCCAGUCUAGUCGUAGGAGGGCUUGAGUCAGACUCAAGAUGAUUGGCCUGUUUGUUCUCGCACUCUUGGGUGCUGCAGCUGCAGCCCCUACUGAUGACAGAAUUGUGGGUGGUUACGAGUGUGCAAGACACGAACAACCCUGGAUGGUGUCUAUCAACAUUGGCUACCACUACUGUGGAGGCUCCCUCAUCAACGACCAGUGGAUCAUCUCUGCUGCCCACUGCUGGCAGAACCCCUAUACACUGAUUGCUGUCUUGGGUGAUCACCACAUCUGGAUGCAUCAGGGCACUGAACAGUACUUGACUGUAGAUGCCAUCUACUGGCAUGAGAGCUACGACUACCAGACCAUGGACUACGACAUCAUGAUGCUGAAGCUGUCCCACCCGGCCACCAUUAACCAGUAUGUCAAGCCUGUCGCCCUGCCCAGCGCCUGCCCCAACGCUGGGGACAUGUGCCUGGUGUCUGGAUGGGGGAACAUCUACUCAGAUCAAGUGUUCAACCCAUUCCUCCUUCAGUGUGUCAUGGUCCCCAUCCUGUCUGACAAAGACUGUGAGGCAUCUUAUCCUGGUAUGAUCACUGACCGCAUGAUGUGUGCCGGAUACCUGGAGGGAGGCAAAGAUGCUUGUCAGGGUGACUCUGGUGGUCCUUUGGUGUGUAAUAACGAGCUGCACGGUAUCGUCUCUUGGGGGCAGGGCUGCGCUCUGCCUGACUAUCCGGGCGUUUACACCAAAGUCUGCUCUCUGCUGCCCUGGAUCAACGAUAUUCUUAACAGCUACAGCUAGGCUGUGAUCUCCCAUCACAGAGCUACAUGACAGAGGGGAAACCAGAGGAAGAGCGAAAUUGACGGAGACAGGAGAUGUCAGUGGGAAAUGUCAGAAAGAGAAGAGGAGGAGGAGGGAGAGAAACAAGGAAAAAAGAGAGAGAGAAAGAUGUUUAGUCUGAGCACAAUCAAUAAAAUCUACCAUUUUGUGAUGCA